AUGUCCGCGCUUAUCCUUGAACGAGCGGCACGCCUUCUCCCAACCAAGGUGUCUUUACCUGUACGCGCAUGGAGGCUUCAAUUGACACCCUGUCGAAUUGCCGGGCCACUCUCCCAAAGGGCAAUUCACACCUCGCAACAAAACAGCGAGAAACCCCAAAAUCCCGAUCCCAGGGAAAAUCCCGCCAACGAACUCAAGCUACCACGGGCCACAAAUGUCGGCCAGAAACGAUUCGCCGACUUUGACCUGGCGGGUAAAGUUUUCGUCGUGACUGGAGGCGCCCAGGGACUCGGUCUCACUUUGGCGGAGAGUCUUGUUGAGGCCGGUGGAAAAGUCUAUUGUUUGGAUCGAGCCGAAUCACCGGAUGAAGGGUGGGGGGAGGCGAAAUCAAGAGUCGUGCUCGAAUGGGGCGGCUCGCUACACUACCGUCAGCAAGACGUCAAAGACGAGGACGCCCUCGACGAUCUUAUGGCAACCAUCGCGGAGGAAAACCAUGGCAUAGACGGUGUUAUAGCCGCAGCAGGUGUUCAACAGAUCACACCCUCGGUGGAGUAUAAAGCCAAAGACGUAGCCAACAUGCUCGACAUUAACUACACGGGCGUCCUCAUGACUGCUCAAUCAGCAGCCAAGCAAAUGUUCAAGUACAAGCGCCGGGGCAGCAUCUGCCUAAUUGCCAGCAUUUCAGGUAUCAAAGCCAACAGAGGCCUGGUCUCCCCCGUGUACAACUCAUCCAAAGCGGCUGUUAUCCAGCUUGCGCGAAACCUGGCAAUGGAAUGGAGUCCCAUUAAGAAAGAUGGGACUGGCGGAAUCAGAGUCAACUGCAUCAGCCCUGGGCAUAUCUUGACCCCGAUGGUGCAGAAGAACUUUGAAGAGGUACCGGGGUUGAAAGAGGAGUGGGAGAAGGAGAUUAUGAUGGGACGGCUAGCGGAGACGCAAGAGUUCAAGGGAGCUGCGCUAUUCUUGCUGAGCAAUGCGAGCAGUUAUAUGACGGGCAAUAACCUUGUCAUUGAUGGAGGGCACUCAUCUUGGUAA